CAAAUGCGCGCGCAGAAGCUUCCAAGCCGGGGCGGCGAUGGCGGACGGAGAGCUGGGCGGCGUCCCUGACGCGCUCAUCGACUCGGACGGCGUCUUCAAGUACGUUCUGAUUCACGUGGAGCCCGCGGGCGCGGGGCCCGGCAAGGACAUCAUCCGCGGACACGCCUGGGCCGAAUACCACGCCGACCUCUUCGAGCAAGCGGCCGAGGAGCUGGAGAAGCGGGGCUUCCGCUGCCGGUGCCUGGGGGGCGGCCGGAUCUCCCACCAGAGCGGCGCCAAGAAGAUCCACGUCUACGGCUACUCCGUGGGUUUUGGCCGAGCAAAACAUGCUAUUGCCACAGAGAAGCUGAAGGCCAGGUACCCCGAUUAUGAAGUCACCUGGGCCGAUGAAGGAUACUGACCACUGCCUUUAAGAGUUCGCCUUUGCAACCAAACAGCAGCAAGCGGGAACUGAUGCGGGAAACCGGAUGUUGAAAACCCGCCAGUCUCCGGAUCUGUUCUAUGGACUGCCCUGUGAUCGAACCUAUUGUGCCUGGCAUUGGUAGAAGGAAAUAAAUGAUUGUGCUCGCUG